CGGAGACUCCGGGACUCAGAGACUCGGAGACUCGGAGACUCUGGGACUCAGAGACUCAGAGACUCUGGGACUGGUAGAGAUUCGGAGACUCUGGGACUCGUAGAGACUCGGAGACUCGAGGACUCCGGGACUCAGAGACUCGGGGACUCAGACACUCGGACACUCAGAGACUCUGGGACUCGUGGAGACUCGGAGACUCCGGGACUCGUAGACACUCGGACACUCAGGGACUCCGGGACGCCAGGGCACUGAGACUCCACGACUCUGAGACUCAGGGACUCUGAGUCCGCAAAUUCAACGGGUUACCGGACUGGCUGUUGGUGCUUCAUAUUCUGUCAGCAUUCACCCGUUCACACAGAGCAGUGCGCUACUGAGGAAAGCUAACUCUCACACCCGGUUGGCCCUCAGGAGCAACUCAGGGUUCAGUUUCUUGCCGACAUCCACAUGUUGUUUGCAGGGGCCGGGAUCGAACCGACAGCCUCCUGAUUGGAAGAUGUGGGCCCUUCCCCUGCUGUACUCAGCUCUGAUGCUGCUGUCGGGGGUGGCCUCGCUCAGCGGGAACAUGCUGCAGCUGAUGCUGCUGCUGCUGCACAGGGAGCUGCGCAGCGACACGCUCAGCCUGACUCUGAGCUGCUGCUUCAGCGACAUCGCCCUCGGACUCUCUGCCUUCCCCUUCGCCAUCUACCAUGGCCUGACGCCCCCCUCCGGCCCCCCCAGCGAGGGCGUCCUGUGUCAGGGCGGGGGCUUCCUGCUGCUGCUUCUGCAGACCUCCUCGCUGCACUCGCUGGCCUGGGCCUCCGUUGAUAAGUUCCUGGAGAUCUGUCUGGCGCUGAGCUAUGGCAGUCUGGUGACGGCGGCUCGCUGCCGGGCCGUGCUGCUGCUGCUGUGGAGCGUCUGCCUGGGGGGGGCGGUGCUGCCCCUGCUGGGGUUCGGAUGCUACGCCUACAGCGAGGCCAGCUUCCUGUGCGGCCCCAGCUUCAGCCCCGCCCACAGGGCCUUCGUGCUGCUGUGGGUGGGGGGGGGCUUGGCACCGCCGCUGCUGGCCAUGGUCUCUCUGUACGGACUCGUGGUGUGUGUGGCGAGGAGGCAGGCGAGGAGGGGCACUUUCAUCUGCAACGAGCUGCACUGCUACUACGUUCCUGCCAACGUCUACCUGAGGAGCUCUAUCGCCAUGCUGUCCACCUCAGUGUGUGUGUUGGUGUGCUGGCUGCCCUACAUCUCGGUGUGUGUGUACGAGACAUUCAGUGGUCAUCAGAGUCCGUCAGUGGUCUCGGCUCUCUCCACCUGGCUGGUCCUGAGCAGCACCGCCCUGAACCCCUGGAUCACCUGCCUGACCCAGAGGUGAGUACACACACCUGGCUGACAGCUGAGAGGCGGCCACACAGUAACACGUGUGUGUGUGUGUGUGUGUGUGUGUGCGUGCGUGCGUGCAGCAGGUGCAGGGCG